AUGGACAAGCACACAUGCAAUAGGGGUUAUAAGGUUAGGUUCCUUAAUUCUAAAUGGUUUGGAAAUAAAAUUCAAAGUAAUGUAAAAGAGAAUAGUAGUUUGAAGUUGACUGAUAUAGUGGAGAAAACUAAACAAAAGUGGAAUGUAGGGAUAAAUAAGGGACUUGCACACAUAGCAAAGUCACUUGCUAUUGACAUUGUUAAUGGUUCAUUUAGGGAGAAAUAUACAAGAGUCAAUGAUUAUGAUCAUGAGAUAUUAAGGGAAAAACCUGGAUCAACUAUGAAAAUUACAAGUCAACCAGUUCAUGGUGGAGAGGAAAGUAGUGAGAAUCUAGAGAGGUCUUUGAAUCCACAUUUUCAAAGGAUCUAUAUAUGCCUCAAAGCUUGCAAGGAUAGUUUAUUCAAGUGCAGACCUAUCAUAGGAUUGAACGAGUGUUUUUUAAAGGGCUAUUAUGGUGGACAAAUACUUGAAUCCAUUGGGAGGGAUCCAAAUGACCAAAUGCUGCCAAUAGCAUUUGUUGUAGUUGAGGGAGAAACCAAAGAUUCAUGGAGUUGGUUUUUGGAGCUAUUGACAUCUGAUUUGGGAGGUGCCAGAUUACGCAAGACUUAUACAUUUAUAAGCGAUCAACAAAAGGUAUUGAUAUCUAACUGGCGUGCAAGUGAAUUUGACUAUGAGGUUAGGCAUAUAUCAUUCAAUGGAGAAAAGUUUGAUGUUAAUUUAUCAAAGCAUGAAUGUUCAUGUAAAAGAUGGAUGCUAACAGGGUGGCCAUGCUGUUAUGCAAUUUAA